AUGUCUGGCUCUCCCCUCAACCAGUCUCUGCGCCCGCGAGUUCAUGAAGGAAAGCUGGCGAUCAUCACUGGCUCUGCUCGAAGCAUCGGAGCAGCUAUUGCAGAGGAUCUGGCAAGCAGAGGCUCAAACGUCAUCAUCAACUAUGUGACGGAGUCUUCGGACGACCCAGCAACUGAUUUAGGUCAUCGGCUUGAGAAAGACUACAACAUCAAGGCCAUCCCAGUAAGAGCUGACAUUAGCAAAAAAGACCAGUGUGACCUCAUCAUCAGAGCUGCGGAAAAGCACUUUGCAAACCCAGAAACUGGCAAGGUACAAAUCGACAUUCUUAUUCACAAUGCAGCCGUUCUCUACUUGGGAGGUAUCGAAGAGGUCGUCGAGGAUGAGUUCCAUCACAUUUACGCCGUCAAUGUCUUGGGGCCCACGCUGCUCACGGCGGCAUGUCUCCCAUACCUGCCAACGGACAGAUCUGGCAGGAUCGUUAUGAUGUCCAGUGUCAAUCCAAAAAUAGGGACACCCAACACGACUCUCUACUCGGGAACAAAAGCCGCACUGGAGGCAAUGGCUCGCAUUUGGUGCCGAGAAUUGGCGGAGCGCGCCACGGUCAAUACGAUCAACCCGGGUCCCGUCAUGACUGAUAUGUAUCUGUCAUCAUCCGAAGAGAUCAAGAGGGCACUCGCUCUCUGGAAUCCCCUGACGCCGCUGGCGCCGAUCAGAGAGUCCGACAGUGCUGAGGUGCAGGAACUGGGCAAGCGAUUGGGCGGACGUGGUGCUUACGCGCAUGAAAUUGCCCAGAUGGUGGCUACUCUAUGCAGUCCAGACUCUGGUUGGUGUACUGGCAGUCUGAUCAGUUGCAAUGGCGGGUUGUCCUUUAGUUACUAA